AGCAAUUACACACAACACCCUCUCACAUGUCAUUUCUAUUCAUAUCAAUUCGGUUUCAUUACACCACAAUCCAAUUCAAACUGGAGACAUUUAUUUUUGACAUAGUGGCCAUUAAAAGACUAACCCUGGUCAUAAAUGUCUACAAGAUAGGAGAGACUUAAUCAAUCCAUUGGUCUUGUUCUCUCUUUCCACAUCUCUGUUUUCCUCUCUCCCUCUCUCUUACUCACACACACAGUACUGAGCCCAGGAUACUGAAUAAAACCGGUUUAGUUUAUCACUGGACAAUCUUUCCAAGCAUUUUACCUUUUGCUUUCUUUAAUUUCAAAGCAAGAAGGACAGUAAUAUAUCUAAAUGGCACACUUUUUUCCUGAAUGUAAGAGAGAUUAGACUGAAGUAUUGCCAGUACUUGAGAAUGAGAGAGUUAAAACAUUUGCCAUUUCAAAUAAGACAUACACUGAGAGCGAAAUAGAUAGGUUUGUACAGAACGGCAUGCAAGUUCUACCCUGUACAGUAUAAACUGAAAUUCAGCUUAAGUUAGACCUUUAGCAUUCUAUUGAAAAUGUAUCAUAUUCACGCCCAAGAUCAGACUCUGCAGUUUUUAUUUGUGAUGCUAUGGGCUAAGUGAAACCAGAAAUAGAGCAUAUCUGGUGAAAACCUCUUCAAGAGUUGCAAAGAUAUAACUUGAGUGACAAAAUAAAGAACAGAUAAAUCUAAGCUACAUAACUACAUUCAUUUAAAUGUUAUAAUAAUCUAUGGUUGUGCAUUAAAAAAAAAAGAUUUUGUGCAUCGAAACACAAAAGUUGCCUUUUUAGGCCAGCAAUGAACAUCCACCAUGACCCUCACCAGCCUGCUUAGUUAAAAUCAGUGGGUAUUUUAGAUGGACAGACAGCUUUAUGAAGUUAACAGUGACACAUACACUGAGUGUGCAAAACAUGAGUAUUUUUCUGAGGGCAAAGGGGGGUGUAACUCAAUACUAUGAAGCCGUUCCUAAUGUUUUGUCCACUCAGUGUAAAUCAUUCAGUGUGUGAACCCAAGGCUUCCCAACCUCUGCCUAAAUUAUUCAGUUAGAUUGUGUAACAUUUGGUACCCUUUCAUUUCCGUAAUAAAAAGUAACUGCCCUUAAGAACCCAGGAAUCCCUUUGAAAACAGUAUGUGUGGGAUUGAUGUCAGAAACAUUUAUUCUAGUGUCAAAAUUGAAUAAAAAGUGUACAUUGGAUACAUUUGGUAAUAAAGUCAGUAUCGUCUAAAACGGAGUUUGGAACCUCCGUGUUUCACAAGGAGUAAAUUAAGGUUGGGUUUGGAUUACGAUGUCAACAUAUCAUGCCCCCUUUUUCCAAGCUCCACGUGCACAACGCCCCUCCCUUCCAUGAAUGUGGCUUCAUUAUUUCAUCGCCCUCAACGCGUUCUAAAAAUCACGGCGUGAAAAGACCAAUACGGAUUGCACAGCCAACAACUAUGGUUUGCAUGCCCUGCAGAAGGACCCUAUCACGCAGAAUAGGUGGUUGGAGUUUAUUGCGGUCUCCAGUGGUGAUAAAGUGCACAGUUGGGUGCCAGACUGAUCCCCUGGUCAUGAAUGGACCUACCAAAAGGAGCAAAGGACACGCCAUCAUGAGGCCUCUGAUAGUGGCCCGCGUUACUGGACUGAUGACACAGUCGGCUUCAUCAACAACGACAGGGAAUGUGUGUUAUGUGAAAAGUUGUAUUAAAAAAUACACGGCUGGAUAAACUAGUAGGCUAAUUCCCCAGCCAAGCAAAUACAAUUAGUAGAGACAUUUUGAUUAAGUGCAUUAGCAAAAAGCUUUGUCCUUUCUUUAGAACAAAAUGCAAUUUACUACUUGGCUGUCUAUUAUAUCACCCUGUCACAGGCCCUCCCUGUCAACACAACCUCAUAAGAUUGCCUGCUACAGUUGUUCGAGAGCUGUCCAGUUUACAGCCAAACAUGCAGCAUAGAGAAGACCAACAAGGGGGCCCUCAUCAGCAUCAUGCAGACAUGCCCUGGCUGUGAGCAUUCCUAUGAAUGGAACAGUCAAUCACAUGUUGGCAAGUAUCUGGUUAGCAACCUUCACCUAUCGGCGGCAACUGCUUUCACAGGGUCACCUUCUGUACAAAUACAGAAGGUAACUUAUUUCAUUACUUUGAUACAUUUGAUAACCCAAUUGUGAAACAUAAUUUAUGUAAACUGAUAUUAUUUGUUGCUUAUUUUCUAAUUCUUAGAUGCAUGUAGUGUCCAGGGCAUAACCUAGCCUGGUGGAACCAGCCUGAUCGCUGUUUUCAUCAUUGUACUUCACUUCACAUUUGAUGAUAUCUGAAGUGAAAUAGAAAGGUGAACGCAGUGAUCAGGUUGGUUCCACCAGGCAAGUCAUAACCACCAUUGAUAAUGUAAUCGUGUGUGACCAACCAGUAUCUUUGAUAUGGGGCCAGGAGCUGUUCUAUGCUACUAUGCCCAUCAAUAGGGCUCUGGCAAAGACCUCGCUUCACCUCUUGCCUGCUCACCAACGGUCGUCGAUGGCAAGACCAGACUCACGGAGUACCAAGAAGAGUAUGCCAGAGGUGUGGUGGAGAGGACCUGGAACUGAAGCCAAGAUACACACCUACACUGGCAACGCCAUGAACACCUACACAGGUCCUUCGUACGCCCCAGCAUCUAUCUACAUCCUCAGGCUGCGGUCCAAGGAUCAGGACACCAGGGCUACUGUGUACCUCCAUGAGGGCUCUGGGAUCUCCUGGGCCUUUCCACAGCUUCCCUCUGACUCCCGUGUCCACACCUUGGGUGUAGGAAUGACCAGUGUCACCCUCAGCUGGGCCCCCAGCGCCUCCCUCAAAAGGCUGCACACCCAACGCAGCUAUGACUACUGUGUCCUCGUAAAUCGCAAACACAACUACCGCAACCUUUGUGCCGCCCAGGAGGGCAUCAGGAAGGAGCGGGAGAAAGACAAGAAAAGGGAGAAGAAGGACAAACAGAGGAAAGUAACUGUGUGGCCGAUUCUCAAAGACUGGUGGUGGCAGCAGUGGGAUGCUGACACUGAGCUCCGGUCACCCGCUGCGCUCCGUGACGACUAUGGUCAUCUCCAAUGUGUUUGUAAGGGAACAGAGAGCGUGUGCACUGUCUCUGAGCUCGUCCCUGACACGCAAUACUACUUUGACGUAUUUUUGAUUGACAGGCUAAAUGGAACCAGUGCCGCAUAUACUGGAACAUUCGCUCAAACACACGAGGAGGCCCGACCAGCUAUCACACCACUCAGGGAAGGGGAGCUCCGGUGGGUGACCUUCCGGGAUGGAGGCUCAACCUCUGGGGAGUUCUUUAGCUUCCGCCCCCGGGGCUGGCAACAGAGUGGCCUGCUCACUCUACAGAGCUGCGGAAGCAGUGAGAAGAUCAACAUCACCGUUUCCAGCAAGGGCAAAGAGCUGAGCUCCCAGGCUGUGGGAGAAGACCUGUCUCAGAUCUGGCUCCAGGGCAGCCUUUCCUACCUCAUCCACUUGGAGAAAGAGGGAACGGCGGCUCCCAGACAAGCUGCUCCAGGAGUACUGAAGGCCUCUGUUAAGAUGCAGGCGUCCUCCACUUACCAUCGUCAAGGGAUACCUUCGCUCCCCUCCACUCUGCAGAUAAAGUCUUUCAACAGGCUCAGGAGCUGUGAAUCUGUCACCCUGGCCUGGAUGGGCACAGAGGAGAGGAGCCUUUACUGCGUGUACCGCCAGAGGCUGGGUAAAGGGGGGGGUAAGAAGGGAGGCACGGCACCCUGCCUGGGGCCUGAGUCACGGUCGGACACUGAGAGGGUCCUGUGUAAAUACUUCCAGGAGCUCAACCCUCGACGGGCUGUCACGACAGCCGUGAUCGGAGGCCUGGAGCCUGGGGUGGCCUACAUAUUUGAUGUCUAUCUAAUGAGACGCUGGGGGAUCCCCAUAAAGUACAGCAGCAAGACAGUAAGAACCAGGAAGGAGUGCUGAGCUGCUGCCCACUCCUAGUCUCAGUCUGCAGCAGCAAUGGACUUAACAAAGAGGUGAUUUAAAAAGACUUACCAUGACAAAGUCAUUCUACUACGAGGGAGACUGUUACGAAAUGUGGUACUCCCUCUGAAGAGUGGUCACAUUUGAACACUGGUACUCAUGGAUUGGGUAGGAGUAGCAGAGGGGCGACUGCACACCAGCAAAAUUAAUUCCAUUUCAGUAACCUGUGCUUUUUGUCUUUUUGUUUAUAGUUGUUGAUGAUGUGCCAGUUGUCCAGGUACUAAUUGUGUGACUGAGUACAAAGGAGGAUAUACGUUUUUGAUUAAUACAAAUUUUCAGUGAAGACUGUGCCAAGAAAUAUGCAACAGAAGCAGAUAGAGAUUUGAUUAUACUUUGCAAUGGGGAGAGAGAACUUAUGGCAAGAACCUACAGUAUAUAUUUAGUGCUGCAUUGUUUUGUUUCAAUAUUCUACAGGCUUAAAACACAGAUAGGGUAAUCUAUUGAUGCUUAGCGCAAAGUCAAUGUGUAUCUUGUGUUCUGCUUUCGCAUGAAGUAGAUCAAAUUUGUUAGCGACUAGCUUCAUUGUCGUUGAUGUAUUGUUGUGCUAUACUUCAAAUACACCAAUAAACACACAUUAGGUAUCUGUA